GGACUGCCGGUGAAGGCGGCGGCUUGUGUUACUGUUGUGAAAACAUUUGUGAAGGUGUGUGAUUCAUUAUGCGGCGAGGGGAGCACGCUCCACAGGCUUUCCAAGCGCCGGUGGACGUCCAUGCCAGCGCAGACGGUCAGGUGUAUCUGUUCAAUGAGAGACAGAAUGACUCCUCUGUAUCCUCGGACGACGAGGAGUUCAACGUCAUGGAGAUGAGACCGUUGGUUUCUCGAGAGCAGGGACGAGACAGACUGAAGAAUGUCCAGCUGCUGGAGCGGAAGGUGGAGGACGGCGACAAUCUCAACAAGCUCGCACUGCAAUACGGCUGCAAGGUGGCCGAUAUUAAGCGGGUGAACAACCUUAUGCAGGAGCAAGAUUUAUUUGCACUGACAUCCAUCAAAAUACCGGUACAGAAACACAGCAUUUUAACAGAGACUUACACUGACACAAAUCAAGGAGAGAUGCCACACUCAUCUGAUUCACCAGUAAAGUCUCUAGACAGAGCCAGAAACCCACCACCUGCACAGGAGGUCACAGACUUUCUCAUGGAGGUGGAUAAUGACAUUGAGAAACUCAUUCAGACUUCGAACAAUCAAGAUGACAACAUGUUGUAUAACUCAGAGAAAGAGCAACGGUUUGGUUUCAGAGGACGGGGCCUGACCAGUCACGGAGCCGACUGGGGAAUCCAUUGGUGGAACGCUGUGGUUGCCAUGGUCCUGAUAGGCAUCAUCCUGCCAUUAUUUUAUGUCAUUUAUUUCAAGACGAAAGAUAAUGGAGUCGUUCCACCAACAAAUGGCAAUGGCACUUUAGAGUCGUCCAUCACCUCUUCAAACAACUCAGGGACGGGGCUCAGCACAAAAGGAAUUAAGCUUUUUCAAGAACCAGGAUAGUGAAGACUAGAGUCUCAGACAACCAGAAACAUUUCAAGACUGUUGGUGACGAUCAAGAUAAAGCCCAAUCUAUCAUUGAUUUAGCGCAGUGAAAUAUCAGCUUUUAUCAAGUUAAAAAGAGUGAAUUUUACCUUUUUAUUAUGGUGUAACUGUGAAGAUGGAUGAAGACACUGGAAUUGUCACCAUGGAGUGAAGUUGCUCCAAGUUGUUUUCAUCAUACAUCCACACAGCUACAUUAUUGUUUUAAAACGCAUUAACUCUGCUACAGAUACGUUUAGAUCGGGUAAGAUGUUGUCCCGUUUUAGUUUGAAAACUCAGGGCUGCGUUUUAGUCUGGACUUACAGAAACGUAGAUGUUUGGAAACGAAGUCGUAGACACUCAGGGCCGCCUGCCAAUUGGAUGUCUUUAGUCAUAACCUAGCUUUUGUUGAUUUGUUUGGCUCCCAUCACAUGACCCCCUUCUGAAGGAAACCACAGGCAUUAACCUUGACUAACAGAAAAUUAGCUAUUAUGCAGCGUUACUUAUACCUCGGAGCUCCGCUUCAGAAGGACGUCAUAUCUGAAUAACCCAAAUUGUGAUUGAUCCAGCUGCAAAUGCUCAGUGUUUACGUUUGCCAGCUAGCCAUUGUUAGCGAAAUAAUUUCAUAAUAACACAUUAUGUGGCCUUUUACGCAUACUAACACUGUAGUAACAUGUCCACAGCCAGUAAUUGGACAGUACUAUGUGUAAGACAAAUUUAAGUGCUGAUAAACAGUAUAAACUAAAGCUUUCACUAAUGCUAUUACACAAAGCGGCCAUCUUGGAUUUCAAAGUCGGGGAAGUGAGUUUUUUCUUCCAAGUCAGGGGUUUGUAAUUCCGAUCUCUGAGGUGUAAUAGAACGCGGCAUUAUUCUAACAGCCUCAUUUUUGUGACGAUGCAGGGCAGCAGCAUUUCAUCAAACAGCUUCUAUAGAGAACCGUUUUCUGAUCCUUUGCCUUGAAAAACUGUUCUUGUUGGUUGGGAUCUCAGUUUUCUCAGGUGUUUUGCUAAAUUUGAGUUAUUAAAUGUGUCUUGAAGCUCCUCCACAUGUCUCAAUAUUGUAAGGAAAAAUUCUAGAGAGAAUAAGUCCACACUGUAGUUGUAUCUCUUUCUGCGUUAUCACAAGCUGCCUUUCCACCACUGUGUGUUAAAUGUCAUCAUAUCAGCGUCAGAUAUCAGGCGAAAAUAUGAUAUCUGUCGUGGCAGAGUAAUAUAUUUUUAAACUGAUAAAAUGGAAGAUUUAUUUUAUAUUUUAUAACAGUGUUCCCCUGUUGCCAAAACUGUGUGAGGUUAUGUUGUAUUUGACAUGGGUUCGAGCGUCGUGUGUGUGUGCCUUUUUUGGUCUAACUUAUUUUCAAUGUGUCAAAGUUUUUACUGUUUAGUUAUGACAAUGCACUCUGGGCCUUAUCUCUGGGUCUGAUGAUGCCAAACGUGUGUUUACAGUAAUAGUUAUUUGGUUUUGACUGUGUUCAUUCACAUCAACUUUUAAAGUACAAGGUGUUUUAUUUUGAAAAUGACUUACACUUGUGAGUGUCUUAAACCUUUAUCGUUAUAUUUAAAUUGCACGCUCCUGUCAUUCAUUUGAGUUCCAAUGUCUUUGGUAGAGUUGACACAAUGGAUGUGCAAGACUCUUUUCAUGAGAGUGGCUCUUUUUAAUAGAAACUUGGACUUGGUUUACAGCAACAGCACAAACGGCACCUUUCAAACUGAUCACAGUAAAAUCAGCAGGUCUAUGAACAUUAGAACUUAUGAAGGGAAAUUUAUUGCAGGACUGUUGAAUGAGAUUGCAUUAGUUUUAGUUAGGUUGUUCCUAAUUGUAUGUGGUAAGAUAGUGUGUGUGUAUUGUGUCUUUAAAGUAUUUUCUAACAUGUCUUUUGUGAAAGAUUAGGUUAUUUUAGCAUGCUUGCUUUUGUACAAUGAGAUUAUAGAUGCACACAGAUGCACAACGAAUGCAAUAAAAUAACUCACUAUAGAAAAUAAAUAACUAAAUAUA